GCGGGGCGGGGCGGCCGGCCGAGCCCCGGGCAGCGGAGCCGCGAGGCCAGCGCGCAGCGCCGCCAGUCCGCCCGCCGGCCCUCUCCCCCUGGCGCGGCGGCGGGGAGGCGAGGAACCUGACGGCAGCACCAGCUCUGGAGAAUACCACAUGACACUGCAUCAUGAGUGACAGUAAAUGCGAUGGUCAGUUUUACAGUGUGCAGGUGGCAGACUCGACUUUCUCUGUCCUCAAGCGCUACCAGCAGUUGAAACCGAUUGGGUCUGGAGCCCAAGGGAUUGUUUGUGCUGCUUUUGAUACAGUUCUUGGGAUAAAUGUUGCAGUCAAGAAACUAAGCCGUCCCUUUCAGAAUCAAACUCAUGCAAAGAGAGCUUAUCGUGAACUUGUCCUCUUAAAAUGUGUCAAUCAUAAAAAUAUAAUUAGUUUGUUAAAUGUGUUUACACCACAAAAAACUCUAGAAGAAUUUCAAGAUGUGUAUUUGGUUAUGGAAUUAAUGGAUGCUAACUUGUGUCAGGUUAUUCAUAUGGAGCUGGAUCAUGAAAGAAUGUCCUACCUUCUUUACCAGAUGCUCUGUGGCAUUAAACAUCUGCAUUCAGCUGGCAUAAUUCACAGAGAUCUGAAACCUAGCAACAUCGUAGUAAAAUCAGACUGCACCCUUAAGAUCCUUGACUUCGGCCUGGCCCGCACAGCGUGCACCAACUUCAUGAUGACCCCCUAUGUGGUGACACGGUACUACCGGGCGCCGGAGGUCAUCCUGGGCAUGGGCUACAAGGAGAACGUUGAUAUCUGGUCAGUGGGUUGCAUCAUGGGAGAGCUGGUGAAAGGGUGUGUCAUAUUCCAAGGCACUGACCAUAUUGAUCAGUGGAAUAAAGUUAUUGAGCAGCUAGGAACACCAUCGGCAGACUUCAUGAAGAAACUUCAGCCAACUGUGAGGAAUUACGUGGAAAACAGGCCAAAGUAUCCUGGAAUCAAAUUUGAAGAACUCUUUCCAGAUUGGAUAUUCCCAUCAGAAUCUGAGCGAGACAAAAUUAAGACAAGUCAAGCCAGAGACUUACUGUCAAAAAUGUUAGUGAUCGACCCCGACAAGCGCAUCUCUGUGGACGAAGCUCUGCGUCACCCCUACAUUACUGUUUGGUAUGACCCGGCUGAAGCAGAAGCGCCACCACCUCAAAUUUAUGAUGCCCAGUUGGAAGAAAGAGAACAUGCAAUCGAAGAAUGGAAAGAGCUAAUUUACAAAGAAGUCAUGGAUUGGGAAGAAAGAAGCAAGAAUGGUGUUGUAAAGGAUCAGCCUUCAGCACAGAUGCAGCAGUAAGUAGCAACGCCACUCCCUCUCAGUCGUCAUCUAUCAAUGACAUUUCAUCCAUGUCCACUGAGCAGACACUGGCCUCAGACACAGACAGCAGUCUGGACGCCUCGACGGGACCCCUCGAAGGUUGUCGAUGAUAAGUUAGAAAUAGCAAGCUUGUCAUCAGUGAAGGAACUCUCGCUUCCAUGGGCCUGAAAUGCUUGGGAGUUGAUGGAACCAAAUAGAAAAACUCCAUGUUCUGCAUGUAAGAAACACGAUGCCUUGCCCCUACUCAGCUGUACUAGGCUUGCCUUGCUUAGAUUAUAAAGUAAAGCAGAUUAUGUCUGAAGAAAAAAGCGCAAAUUACACUUUUAGAGAUUUUGUUCAAGAUCAUUUCAGGUGAGCAAUUAGAAUAGGUGAUUUUUUUUUUUAAGUUGUGUGGUAAUAGUAACAGUUUCUCGUCCACAGUAACUGUUGGGACUUACAUGCAUGUGACCGCAAGUGCUCGCUUGGACUUGCCCUCUAGCACUUUGGAAAUCAGUAUUUAAAAGCCAAAUAAUCUUCCAGGUAGUGCUGCUUCUAGAAUUGUCUCUUAAUCCUCUUCACUGAUUUGGCGUCUGUCCAGAAAAAACAGAUUUAUGUGUAUUAAUUGGCCAUCAUAUUAUCACAUCUUACUUUCUUUUAGGGUAUGAAUUAUUUUCUUUUGUAUUUCAGAAGGAAUAUAAUUAAAUCUAUUUAAUAAAUUAAAA